CGUAUUGUUUUGAAAACAUCUGACAAUAGUUGCAAAAAUAUGUGUCAAACAAGAUUCAUUAGUAAUGCGCAAUAAUAUCUAAAGCCUAGAAACGUUUGUUUACUUAUAUAAUUAUCAUCGUAAAGUGUUAAAUUUCUAUCAAAUGUAUGUUCGUAAUAGUGUAGUGCAUUUAAAUUAUAUAAGCGUAGGAUAAAAUAUAAGGUGUUGGUGCCUUCGUCUGACGACACCAAGGAGUUCUAGUAGCAGCCAUGGGGGAGAGGAACAGCAGUAGCAGCGACGGAGGCGUCCAGCCACUGUACAGGAUAGGUCAUUAUAAUUUGGGACAAACUCUUGGAGUAGGCACCUUUGGAAAAGUCAAAAUAGGAGAACACCAGAUGACUAAGCACAAGGUUGCUGUGAAGAUCCUCAACAGACAAAAGAUCAAAAGUCUGGAUGUGGUGAGCAAGAUCCGCAGGGAGAUCCAAAAUCUCAAGUUGUUUAGGCACCCACACAUCAUCAAGCUGUACCAGGUGAUAAGCACACCCACUGAUAUCUUCAUGAUUAUGGAGUAUGUCUCUGGUGGAGAACUCUUUGAGUAUAUUGUCAAAAAUGGAAAGCUUCAAGAGCAUGAGGCCAGGAGAUUCUUUCAGCAAAUUAUAUCAGGAGUAGACUAUUGUCAUCGCCAUAUGAUUGUACACAGGGAUCUUAAACCUGAGAACCUUUUGCUGGAUCACAAUAUGCAUGUAAAAAUUGCUGAUUUUGGAUUAUCCAAUAUGAUGAUGGAUGGAGAAUUCUUGAGGACUAGUUGUGGAUCACCAAAUUAUGCAGCUCCUGAAGUCAUUUCUGGGAAAUUGUACGCCGGACCUGAAGUUGAUAUUUGGAGUUGCGGUGUAAUUUUGUAUGCGCUCUUGUGUGGAACUUUACCAUUCGACGAUGAACACGUGCCCACUUUGUUCAAAAAGAUCAAGUCCGGUAUAUUCCCGAUUCCGGAGUAUCUGAACAAGAGUGUGGUAAACUUGCUUUGCCAGAUGCUACAGAUCGAUCCUAUGAAGCGGGCUUCUAUAGAGGACAUAAAAAAGCAUGACUGGUUCCAAAAGGAUUGCCCUGGUUAUUUAUUCCCAUCGCCCGUUGAACAAGAUUCGAAUGUGAUUGACAGAAAGGCUGUAUCCGAAGUGUGCGACAAGUUCGGUGUACAGCCAGGAGAGGUUCACAAUGCCCUGCUAAGCGGUGACGCCCACGACCAGUUGGCAAUAGCCUAUCAUUUGAUCAUCGAUAACAAGAGAAUUGCAGACGAAGCCGCGAAGGCUGAUAUUAAAGACUUUUAUGUAGCAGGAAGCCCACCUCCUGUGAGCAUGAGUCCCAGUCCAGCAGACUUCGGUUCUAGUCCGAUGAAACCUCAUCCGGAGCGAAUUGCACCCUUAAGGGAUAGAGUGAUUGCUUCGAGCCACGCAGCAACCGGCGAAAGAGGCCGAGUGAAGAGGGCCAAGUGGCAUCUAGGCAUCCGUUCACAGAGCAAACCGAAUGAUAUUAUGAUGGAGGUAUAUCGAGCUAUGCAAGCUUUGGGUUUUGAGUGGAAAGUCGUCAAUCCUUACCAAGUACGGGUGAGAGAAAAGAGCAAGUUUCACGACAAAUACGUGAAGAUGUCCUUACAAUUGUACCAGGUGGACAGCAAAAGUUUUUUGUUAGAUUUUAAAAGUUUAUCGAAUGACGAAACGGAUCCCAGUCAGUUAGGCACUUCGAUGCCCACUCCUGUUUUGAGCGGAUUGACAAAUCCCAACACGUCCGUCGGGCACCACACGAUGGAGUUCUUCGAGAUGUGCGCAUCUUUGAUCAUCCAAUUAGCCCGCUAAGGGUGCAGUCUUAUCUUAUACUUCAACAUUUAUAUUUCAUUGAACUUCAACUA